AUGCGUCUGUUUUGGGUUUUCAUGGUUGCUGCGGGAACUUUGCUAGCUGUCGGCGAGGUAGAAUCGAGGGCUACUGUUUUUGGCUCGACGACGUUCAGAGACUUGAAGUUGUUCAAAACCUUAAAAAACUUGCCGGUGUCUAAAGUUGCUAAGGUGUCCGACGAUUUAACAGUAACCGUUAAUGACAAGGAGUUUACCAUCCCACAACGUUAUUUUGUUGACGAAAGGAUUCAACCGGCUGAUGUAAAAGCACUCAUCAAGAGCGAAACAACGGUAGCUCAGUUUGAUCUAAGGAUUCGUUUAAAGGACGCUAACGAUCUGAGAAAAUCCGAGGAAUAUAAGUGGCAUGCGGGAUACGUCAACAUUUUGCUUUCAAUUGAACGAGGAGAUGUCAGUAAAGAGGUAAAGGUUUUAGUGAAACGUCUCCGUAACAGCUAA